UGCGCAUGCCGUGCCCGGAUGUUCGGUUGGCGUGAGAGGCUGGUGGGGGCUCCCCGCUGGGGCUGGCUGAGGAGGAAAGUCCGAGGGGCUUGAAAAGCGUCGUCGCUGUUCGUAAAAGCUUCCCAGCGGCGUAGAAAUCUUUAAGAAGAACUGUCCAGCUCCCCGAACCAAAUGAACGCUGCGGUGAUUAAUCCUAAACCCGCGGAAGCAACUUGGGGCUCGGUGGGGCUGACUUCCGAAGAAGCCCCGAGAAGGGGUAGCAGUUGAACUUCAUCUACAUCAGAACUUAAAGAUCUAGCUACGAUUUUGAAGAUAGUUGGUUUAAAAAAAACCCUGAAAACUAAAAUAUGGAUAGACUUCUGCGACUUGGAGGAGGCAUGCCUGGUCUGGGACAGGGUCCUCCUACUGAUGCUCCUGCAGUUGACACAGCUGAACAAGUUUACAUCUCUUCCCUUGCGCUUUUGAAGAUGUUGAAACAUGGUCGUGCUGGUGUUCCUAUGGAAGUUAUGGGGCUGAUGCUUGGAGAAUUUGUUGAUGACUAUACUGUCAGAGUGAUUGAUGUAUUUGCUAUGCCACAGUCAGGAACGGGAGUCAGUGUGGAGGCUGUUGAUCCUGUAUUUCAAGCCAAAAUGUUGGAUAUGCUAAAGCAGACAGGAAGACCUGAGAUGGUUGUUGGCUGGUAUCACAGUCACCCUGGCUUUGGCUGUUGGUUGUCUGGUGUGGAUAUCAAUACUCAACAGAGUUUUGAAGCCCUGUCAGAAAGAGCUGUUGCUGUAGUAGUCGAUCCCAUUCAGAGUGUAAAAGGAAAGGUUGUUAUCGAUGCCUUCAGAUUGAUCAAUGCUAAUAUGAUGGUCUUGGGACAUGAACCAAGACAAACAACUUCAAAUCUGGGUCACUUAAACAAGCCAUCUAUUCAGGCUUUAAUUCAUGGACUGAACAGACAUUACUACUCCAUUACUAUUAAUUACAGGAAGAAUGAACUAGAACAGAAGAUGUUGCUCAAUUUACAUAAGAAGAGUUGGAUGGAAGGCUUAACCCUUCAGGACUACAGUGAACACUGCAAGCUCAAUGAAACAGUCGUGAAGGAAAUGCUGGAAUUAGCAAAGAACUAUAACAAGGCUGUGGAAGAAGAAGAUAAGAUGACACCUGAACAGCUGGCAAUAAAAAAUGUUGGCAAGCAGGAUCCCAAACGUCAUUUAGAAGAACACGUGGAUGUGCUGAUGACUUGCAAUAUUGUCCAGUGUUUAGCAGCUAUGUUGGAUACUGUUGUAUUUAAAUAAUGACUUGCUCACAGAUGCUGUUUCCUGUUUAUCAUCAUCCAUUGUUUCAAGUUUUAAGACUAAGAUAUAUUUGGAUGUCAGAGGCAUCUAGCAUCAUUUGAAAUUUGAGAGCAGCACUCUUAUACCUUUUCAUCUCUGUUGAGCAAUUACUUGGGGUACCUUUUUUUUAUGUCGGGGUCUGUACAGAUCCCAGGCCAAUUCAAUACCUGAGUGCGGGGGGUGGGGGAGGAUGUUCAUUUACAUUUUAAUAUUUUGAGGAAAUUGGCAGUACAUAUAUAUUGACUAUUGCUAUGAAAUUUAAAAAAAAAAUCUGUAACCUGAUUGGUGCUCUGUGGUUUUGUUCAUAGAUUGGGAAGGUAUGUAUGUGUGAUUGACAAUACUGAUCAGACACCAAUGAGCAAAGAACUUCACAAUGAAAUUGAACUUCACAGCUUCACAAAUGAAGUUGGUGACCUGUGGCAUGGAUGUGAUUUUUGCAGAGAUCUGUUCAGGUUAUGGGAAGCAAACUUGGCAUUCUUGAAUACCAACAGUAUCAUUUGGUGUGGGUCAUGGCUGAGCCCCAGAACCUUUAACAGCUGAGCCCAACCUUGAAACAUUGGAAGUAAUGCUAGAAUGCCUUUUGAGUAUGUGCAAAGCACAUAUUGACACUAGAUUUGUUUCUAUCUCUCUGGGACUGGGACUUUUCAAGACAGAGGGAUGGGUUUCCAAGUAGGCUUGAUCCCUGGUGCCUGUAUAUCUGUUCUUUAGCCAUAGAUUAGGACUCCUCACCAUAACAAAAAUGACUACAUGAAUACAUUCAAGAUGAGUUGAGUGCAGUGGGUUAGGUCCAGAGGUGCCCUCCAGGAGAGAAAAGGCACUUCCACUUGUUCCACUUGCAUAAGGGGACAGAAAGGCCUUCCUACAAGUGGGACACCGCUCACAGUUCUCUUGAUCCAACUUGGAGAAUACUGGAAUCCAUUGGGGCUUCGUAUUACCUUCUGAUGAACAGUCUCUUCUAUGCAACAGUCAAAAAUAUGGAUAGUUGAAAGUGAUAAUUGAAGUUAUUUUGAUAUGGGAAUGCAAUUAUGGAUAAUAAUUCUAGACCAACGGUUCCCAACCUUUUCCUUUAUGUGGACCACUACAUUUUCAUCAGAAGCUUUUGUGGACCACCACAUAAGCAAGCUAUUUUAAACAUUUUUAACAUAACCUAUGGCUGACAGGAGUCGAACAUAUCUCAAGGGGUAUUAAAAAGGCGACUUUCUAAUAAUUCAGUAUGUUCUCUCUCAAGCAUAUUGCACUCAUCACAGUACAUGUGCCUGCGAUAGGCCUACCAGUGGGGGGGAAAGAUAACACCCUAUUGUUAUACUACCUUCCCCCUCCAUGGACCACCUGCAGUACCCUCAUGGACUACAGGUUGGGAACCAGUGUUCUAAACAAUGCAAUUACUUGCAACACAUUUAUGUCUGAAGAAAGAAGCAUUACAAACCAUUAAAAGUUGUGGUGUUGAGCAACUGA